UGGCCCCACACACUGCAGGCCCUCCUUCUGCAUGACACAUGAAGAACAGAAAGGAAAACACAGACACCCAGUUGACAGCUCACACACAGACGUCCAAGGAUGACCCUCUCUUGCAUGUGCUUUGGUUUGUUCAUAUGGAUGGCAGCGGCUUCACUGGCCACCAUUCAAGCUACGCCGUAUGUUCUCUACACCAAAAUCAACGGCUCGGAAACUAUCACCUGUGAAUGUCCAGAUCACUCCUGCCAGGAGGUUUUUUGGUACCGAUACCUUGAGAGGACAAAGACUCUUCAGUUCCUCUUGUAUUGUAACAGCGCUGGCAGAGAGCGACAUGGAGAAAACCUGUCCGCCACUCGCUUCAAGGGCUUGGUGUCCUCCGGACAGAGGGUGGUCUACACCCUGCGCAUAACAGGACUACAGGAGAAUGAAAUCGGCUUCUAUUCCUGCAUGUUUAAAACUAAAAAUACUAUGCCUGUUGGAUAUUACAUAAUGCCUGGAGUGAAUCCUCCAACAGUUCAGCCGCCAACAGUUAAGACCAAGACACCCAAGAAGACCUGUAAUUGCAAACCCCCCAUGUCUCCUAAAGGCUGUGAACAAUCAGUGCUUUGGCCGGGCAUUGGUGCUCUUUUGCUUUUGGCCAUUACACUUGCUGGCACACUUUACUACUUUAGUCGUCUACCUAAGAAGUGUAGACAUCGAUUUACCAAGACGAAUCAGUUGCGAUGAGGUGGAAGAACACACUCUUCAUGUCAAACAAAUCUGGUGGUCUUUUUUCUCUCCAAAGUGAGGACCUGUCGAAGUCUCCGAAAUUUUGCCAUGGCUUCACACAAAUCAAAUAUAUUGGGUUUUAGAAUGUAAAAAAUGUGUGUAUAUAAAAAUAAUAGCUUAAAUUUAUAGUUCAGUGUUUCAUCAGACGUUACUCAACCAACAGUCCACUUAAUGAAUUCGAUUCAUUGUCUUACUUGACUGAAUUAAACCAGAGCAGAAAAUACCAGCAGGAUCAUCACAAAACUGAACUCACUCUAGACUUGGACUAACCUCAUCUGUCUUAAUCGAGCUUUGAGUUUUGUUCUUGCCAGUACAGUAUGCUUUAUUUGUGACUGAAUGUACAGUUUUCUCAUUUUGAUGUUCUUUUAUCUCAUAUGCUGACAUUUUAUGCUUUCGUGUAAUGCUCAUUAAAGUUAUUUUAAUCAAGUUUAAA